AUGGCUAAGGGCAAUAGAGUUUCAUCCAUUCUUUUCCUUUCUUGCGCAACCCUUUUGAGCAUAACAAGGGCAGCAUCCUUCAAUGUGCUCAGUUUUGGAGCAAAACCGGAUGGCAGAACUGACUCAACUCAGCCAUUCCUUAAGGCCUGGGCGUCAGCUUGUAGGUCGAUCCAACCGGCCACUGUUUAUGUCCCUCGAGGGCGUUACCUGAUAAAGGCAGCAGUGUUUAAAGGACCCUGUAGAAACAGAAUCACUGUGAAGAUUGAUGGGACUCUUGUUGCUCCUGAUAACUACUGGGCUCUUGGCAACUCGGGAUACUGGCUAUUGUUCAUUCAGGUCAGUAGGCUUUCGGUCAUCGGCGGAACACUGGAUGCUAAGGGAGCAGGGUUCUGGGCAUGCCGCCAGUCAGGGAAGAACUGCCCAGUUGGAGCAAGGUCUAUAACAUUCAAUUGGGUGAAUGAUGGGCUGAUCAGCGGCUUGACAUCAAUCAACAGCCAGCUUAUGCAUGUUGUGGUUAACAGCUGCAAGGAUGUAAAAGUUCAAAAUGUAAGGAUUGUAGCUCCAGACCUGAGCCCAAAUACUGACGGCAUUCAUGUCCAAGGCUCAACAGGCGUUACCGUCACUGGCAGUAGCAUUAAAACAGGCGACGACUGCAUAUCAAUUGGUCCAGGAACAAGAAACCUGUGGAUGGAAAAGAUACAGUGUGGCCCUGGACAUGGCGUCAGCAUUGGGAGUUUGGGCAGGGACUUCAAUGAAGAUGGUGUGCAGAAUGUGACACUCACGAAUUCGGUGUUCACUGGAGCUGAUAAUGGAUUAAGAAUUAAAGCAUGGGCAAGGCCAACAACUGCAUUUGUUAGCAAUAUCAACUUUCGAAACAUCAUCAUGAAGAAUGUGGAUAAUCCUAUAAUCAUUGAUCAGAAUUACUGCCCAAACAACCAAGGAUGUCCUCGUCAGACUUCUGGUGUAAAGAUUAAUCAAGUCACAUACCAAAACAUACGAGGCACAUCAACUACUCAGGUUGCUGUGAUAUUUGAUUGUAGUCCUAGUAAUCCAUGCCGAGGUAUCAGGCUGCACGACAUCAAGCUCACCUAUUUGAACAGGAAAGCACAAUCAUUUUGCAAGAACAUCGGAGGGACUACAAAAGGAGUCAUAAUUCCAGAAAGUUGUUUAUAA